UCGUAAAAUAACAAGGAAAUAUAUAAACCGACGGUCUGUCUUCUUCUCCAGAGCACACGCUCCAAACAGAUCCUUCUCCUCCUCUUGCUCUCUCUCGCCGUCGAUUAUAAGGAACUUUGGGGUUUAUCUUCUCGGUUAGUGAAACGACUGAUUUUCUCCAGAAUCUCGAAGGCUUUUACGAGGAGGAUUUGGUUUCUCUCUCCGUCGUUCCGAGUCUACGAUUUGCCGAUAUUUUUUCCGUUUCUUCUUCUAUCCACAAAGAGACACGGAGGUGCGAGGCUCGAAUCUGCUGUUUGAUGAAAUUAGGGUUUUGGAAUCGGAACCUGGAUAGUCGUUUAUGUUGACGAGGCGAAUAUUGCUGAGUUAGGACAUGAUUCUGAAACGGACCGUGACAUUCGAGAAUCAGAAUCUGAAGCGGUGCAAAAUUGAUUCAGAAAUUGACGAUGGGAGCAAAAAGGGUGAGAUUAUGGUGUAUCGGAAAAGACAGAGAGCAAGCGUGGAUCAACCAUGUAGAGAACCCGACGACCUUACAAGGAGCGCAGGCUCCUUGACCGGCAAAGAAUCUCCACUGGGCUCCUUGACCGGCAAAGAAUCUCCACUGGGCUCCUUGACCGGCAAAGAAUCUCCACUGGGCUCCGAGCAGUCCAAGUCCUCGCGGGGCAGAGUUAGAGUGGUUCCUUCGAGGUUCAACGAUUCGAUUGUCGACGCAUGGGGUAAUCGACGUCGCAAAGUGGAGUUGAAGGAGUCUAGCCACGAUGACGACAUACAUGUUGUGAAGAAAGUCAAAGGUGGUCACGGUAAGAGCGCUGAGAAUGGAAGCUCGAAGUUUCAUCAUCUCAGCAAAGGCUCGAAGCUUUUUCCGCGCAAGGAUGACGGAGACAGCAGCGAAGGAGGUUUUGGUGACUGGGGUAAUGAAAAGGAUGCGAAUAUCGGAAUUUCGAUGUUAUCUUCCUCCGACGACGCUAGUUCUUUCUCCGUGAGAGGCAGAGAGCGGUUUUACGCCGAAUCUGGUAUGCAGAAAGGUCCCGCGGCCAUGAGGAAGGGCGUGUACAAGCCAGAGGACUUUGCGGUCGGCGAUCUUGUCUGGGCCAAGUGCGGGAAAAAAUUCCCGGCGUGGCCGGCUAAAGUGAUCGAUCCGGUUUCACAAGCGCCUGAUGCCGUCUUGAAACAUUGCGUCCCGGGCUCACUCUGUGUCAUGUUUUUUGGGCACUCGAAGAAUGGAACUCAGAGGGACUAUGGAUGGGUCAGACAAGGAAUGAUGUUUCCGUUCACGGAAUUUAUGGAGAAAUUUCAGGGCCAGACAAACUUUUACAAUAACAAGCCAAGCGAAUUUAAGAAGGCACUCGAGGAAGCAGUUUUAGCGGAGAAUGGGGUUGAAGGUAAUUGUGGAGCUGCUGAAAUCAGCUGCCCAGAUUCCUCUGCCCCCGAAUCCGACCAGGAGCAUGAGCCUGCUGAUAGAUUUCAGGCACGUUUCUUGACACCUAUUCCUUUUUUCGGUUCAUGUCAUAUUGACAUAAGGGCCUGCGGCGGCUGUGACACAGUAAUGCCAUUAAAAUCUCUGAAAAGAACAAAAGGAUCCCAACCUGAAGAGCUUUUAUGCAAGCACUGUGCAAAGGUUCUUAGGAGACUUCUUUACUCUUCUGCUUUCUUUGGUCAAAAGGAACUGAAUCCAAAUUUGUUGUUUCAGUUGCGGAAAUCCAAUCAGUAUUGUGGCGUUUGCAAGAGAUCAUGGCACUCUUCAGCUGGUGGAGAUUGGGUAUGUUGUGAUGGGUGUGAUAUAUGGGUACAUGCUGGGUGCGACAACAUUUCAAACCAGCGUUUAAAGGAACUGGAGCACAACAAUUACCACUGCCCUGAUUGCAGAGCGCAGCUUGAGCGCGCACCGACAAUAUUGGAUGAACAAGACUCAUUGUUCAAGUCCACAGAAAAAACUACAGAGGCUGAGCUACCUGAUGAGAUUACUGUAGUCUGCAAUGGCAUGGAAGGGACAUAUAUCCGAAAGUUUCAUGCAAUUGUGUGCAAGUGUGGUGAUUGUGGAGCAAGAAAGCAGAGACCAAGUGAAUGGGAACGGCAUACAGGCAGCAGAGCGAAAAAGUGGAAGUACAGUGUAAAAGUCAAAGACACAAUGCUUACUCUAGAAAAAUGGAUUGCAGGAUUUAGUGCCACUACUCUAGAACAAGAUACUGCAGAUUGCAGGAUAUUAAAUAAGCAAAAGAUGCUUUCUUUGCUGGAAGAAAAGUAUGAGCCAGUCAAUGCAAAGUGGACCACUGAAAGGUGUGCUGUUUGUAGAUGGGUAGAAGACUGGGAAGAAAAUAAAAUGAUCAUCUGUAACAGAUGUCAAGUAGCUGUGCACCAAGAAUGCUAUGGGGUAAGCAAAGCGCAAGACCUCACCUCCUGGGUGUGCAGGGCAUGUGAAACACCAGAUAUGGAGAGAGAGUGUUGUCUUUGUCCUGUAAAAGGCGGUGCCUUAAAACCAAGCGACGUUGAGGGUUUGUGGGUUCAUGUAACAUGUGCUUGGUUCCGGCCGGAAGUUGGGUUUUUGAAUCACGAAAAUAUGGAGCCUGCUGUUGGACUUUUCAAAAUACCAGCAAAUUCAUUUCUUAAGGUUUGCAGAAUCUGUAAGCAGACACAUGGUUCCUGCGUGCAAUGCUGCAGGUGUGCCACUCACUUCCACGCAAUGUGUGCAUCGCGUGCAGGUUACAUCAUGGAGUUGCACUGCUUGGAGAAAGGUGGUGUGCAGAGAACUAGGAAGUCAAUUUACUGUGCCUUUCACAGGAAGCCAAAUCCAAAUAGUAAUGUAGUUGUGCACACACCCUCUGGAGUUUUUGGCUCUAGAAAUCUGCUUCAGAAUCAAAAUGGGCGUAUCAAAGGUUCAAGACUCGUUUUGACAAAGAAGAUAAAGCUUCCAGGUUCCGAUAUCCAACAGAGUCAUGAAUUUGAUAGUCUGUCGGCAGCAAGAUGCCGUAUCUAUAGUAGAUCAAGCACGAAGAAGAUUGAUCUGGAGGCGAUAAUCCACAGGCCGAAGAGACCAAGCCAUCAUUCUUUGGGUGCAAUCGAGAAUAUAAACUCUUUAAAGGCAAGUUUCUCAUUCAGAGCUCCAAUCGAAGCAGAUACGUCAGAAUUUACUUCAUUCAAAGAACGGCUAAAGCAUUUGCAGAGGACGGAGAAUCUUCGGGUCUGCUUUGGUAAAUCUGGCAUACAUGGAUGGGGUCUCUUUGCAAGGACAAGCAUUCAAGAAGGAGAAAUGAUCAUCGAGUACCGUGGAGUGAAAGUUAGGAGAAGUGUUGCAGAUCUGAGAGAGGCAAACUAUCGCUCUCAAGGAAAAGAUUGUUAUCUGUUCAAGAUAAGCGAAGAGAUAGUGAUUGAUGCCACUUACUCUGGAAACAUAGCCCGAUUGAUCAAUCAUUCGUGUAUGCCCAAUUGCUAUGCACGUAUUGUGAGUAUGGGGGAUGGAGAAGAGAACAGAAUCGUCCUCAUUGCAAAGACCAAUGUCUCAGCUGGAGAAGAGCUUACGUAUGAUUAUCUCUUUGAGGUUGAUGAAUCUGAAGAAAUCAAAGUGCCUUGCCUUUGCAGAGCUCCAAACUGCCGCAAAUUCAUGAAUUGAUUCUUGCAACGGUUCUCAGUACCGAACUAGAGAUUAGUACAUGUAGCGUCGGCUGCUUCACGCUGACUUCUUUACCAUUGAUUCAUUCGUUACGCCAUUAAGUUGUAUAUCCGCCGGCGUUGGCAAUUUUGUAAAUGUCUAGGAUUUACCCACUCUAAAGAAAAUAACCCCAUAGAAAACUUUACAUUUGAUUUGAUCAUACCGAUUAAAAGUGUUCAAAUGUUGAUAACUUUUCAUGUUUUACAUAAAAAUAUUUUUUCUAUAAAUUUUGCCGA